AUGGCGUCUACAGAGCAAGCACCUGCAGCUCCCCCUUCGACAACUGUUCCACAACCGCGUUACGUACCCGGAGCCCCGCCUCCAUCAAGUAUAUCAAAGAAAUCGAGAAAAAAGACCAAGUCUGGAGCAAAGAGCUUGGUCAUUGCGGCACAUGAAGCUGCACUCUCGGACCAUGCGCCGGAUGCGGAAGAGGUGAAGGCGGGCAAAGUCGAUCCAUCGUUGUUGGCAAACCCUCCGCCUCCGUCGAGUGGUGGUGGUGAUACUGGCGAUCAUACCGAGGCAGAUGAGCCGACCCACGAGUUCGAUUCCGAAAAAAGCUUGGUUGUAGACGCGAUCUCGAAGCGCAUCAAGGCAUUGGGCAAGAAAGCGCAACGAGUGAAAGAAUACAAGGAGCAGAAAGAGCUGAACGAGGAUCAGAAAGCUGCAAUUGCUGGGCUCCCGUUGAUUGAGGCAGGCUUGAAGGAACUGGAAAGCAUCAAGAAAACGGCGGAGGGACUUGAGAUUAGCGCUCAUCGUACUCGGAAUCAGGAGCGGAUCGAGCAGCAAAAACUCGCAGACCAACGAGUUGCUGAGGCCUCUCAGCAAGCCGAGGCUUCGCUUCUCCCACGAAUUACGUCACUGCUUUCCUUCCUCGCCCUCCGUAACCUCCUCACGCACUCCACUCCUACCGAUCUCUCAAUAUCCGAUCCCGAACGAAACGCGAUUCUCAGUGCAGGCGAGGUAAUUCUCGCUCAUCCUCCUGUUGGUCACGUGGAAGAAAUCGUAAAAGGAUUCUUAUCAGGCGCUGGAAGCUGGGAGGAUGUUGAAUAUUCUCGUCUCAUUGAGAUAACUAGCCAAUUUGUUGCUCCUCGACCACCCACUCCUAUCCCCGACCCAUCCAUUCCCCUCGACCCGACCACAACCACGCAUGAGGUCCAACCCGAGCCACCAGCACCUGAGGAGCCCCAGGAUGAGCCUGAAUCAUCUGAGCCAGUUGUUCUCGGCUUCGUUCCUCAGUCAACAGGUGGCGGAUUCCACUUUAUGCAAGAGUCUGAACUUGAGGCUCCAGCUGCUAUGAGCGAAUCGCAGGAAUGGGUAUCUGUUCCUCCCACAGGCGAACCCGUACACAGCGAGGAAGUGGCCGAAGAGGCUGAAGCCGUUCAAGAAGAAGUCAAGGAGGACGUUGUCGAUACAUGGGGCGCUGCCGCCGGCGCCGAUGUCGCUGGUGGAGCACCACUUGACUGGGCUGCAACUGGGGAUGAGGGCGAUGAAUUGCCAGACCUUGGUGGACUUCAAGCUACAUUUGGUGGCUCGGGAACAGCAACCCCUGUUGCCCAAGCAGCGCCUACUACUGCCUCAGUCCCUACGUCUGCUCCUGCAGGGAAGAGUGUCACGAUCGACGACGACGGAUUCACCGCCAUCCCCGCUCGUCGUGGACACGCACAGCGUGGGUCCUUUAAUCGUGGACGUGGAGGGCGUGGAGGAGAGGGUGGAUACCGUGGACGCGGCGCUUUCCGUGGCGAAGGUGGUCGUGGGCGAGGAAGUGGGUUCCGUGGGGAUGGUGAGGGACGUGGUGGAUAUCGUGGAGAUGGAGAAGGACGUGGUGGCUAUCGCGGAGAUGGGGAAGGACGUGGCGGCUAUCGUGGAGAAGGAGAGGUGCGUGGUGGGUACCGUGGAGAGGGUGAAGGAGGUUAUCGUGGACGCGGUCGAGGAGGAUAUAGUAGCGGAGAAGGCGAAGGUGGUCGCGGUCGCGGUGGAGGUUAUCGUGGAAGGGGAGAAGGUCGUGGUGGAAGUGGUUACCGCGGACGUGGCUCUUCUGGUAACGCAACGCCAACGGCCGAGGCAUCUGCGCCUGCUUGA